UCUCCAUUGACAGUGUUGUGCCAACCUUCGGACGGCCCUGGUCCCCUGCGCUGAUGGCUCUACGCACCGCUGCAGUCUUGCUUGGCUUGCUUUUGGUCUUCUUCCAGCGAUUCAAGCGAAUCGUGACAAGAGCAUGGACGCCCUGCUGCACGAGUGCGUUGGUUAAAGCUUGUACAGUGAAUUCGAAGCAAAAUACCUUCUGGAAAGGCGUGAUGAUGUUGAACGCCGCUUGCUGGGGAGGAACAUUUAUUGCUGCAAAGGCCAGCAUCGAUUCCUUGAAGGCUGCUGGCGUUCCGAACGCGGGCGCUUCUGUGGGUUUUUUGCGCUUUGCAUUGGCGACGCUUCCUUUACUUUCUUGGCUCCAUCGUUCCAGUUGCAGGGAAAGUGCUGCAAUGAGCCUCGUCGUUGGAGCCGUUUGGGGCAUGUCCUACGCAUGCACCUUCAUCUCCUACACGCUCGGCACGACAGGAGCUAAAGCCGCCUUCAUCACUUCCCUUCAAUCGCUGGUGGUCGCAGCAUGCACGUCAUGUCUUGCACGCAAACUCCAGCGUGGCACCCUGUUCUCAGCGUGUUUAGCGGUCUUGGGAGUUGCUUUCCUGGAACUCAAUGGUUCGCUGGAGUCAAAAAUCGGAGACGUCAUUUGCAUCGCUGCGCCAAUCUGCGUAGGAGUUGGCUGGCAUUUGCUGGGUUCGAAUAUGAAGAAAUACCCCGACGAUUUCGUGCCUUCCGUGGUGAUCCAGUUCUUUGUGUUCACGGCCAUGUUUGGGCUUUGGCUCUUUGUUGACCUCCAUUACCGUGAAGGUCUUAAUGGAGUUCUGACUUGGAUUCGAGAUCUACCAACUCUUUUGCAGACGCCGAAUUUCCUAUGGCCACUUCUGUUCUCGUCAAUUGUCGGCAAUCUCGUGACCAUGAUGUCUGCUAACCUUGCUUGUCGUUUCCUUGAUGUCGUGGAUGUCUCAUUGAUCGUGACGACGGAGCCUUUAUGGGCUGCAGUGGCUGCUGCAUGCAUCCUCGGUGAAACGUUCCAGCUCAGCGACUACAUCGGUUGCAUUUGCGUCAUGGCCGCGUUGUUGUGCAAUGAGCUCUGGAAAGAGCUGCCCCAGGACGACUGGUGCUUUGCGUAUCGAAAGUGUGAAAGCGGGGAAAGCGGCCGAAACCAUCAAAGCGCACCCAUUGCAGGUGGCUGAACCCGCUCAAGACGUGAAGCCUUGCGGCCUGAAGACCGUAGUAGCGUCGUUGCUCCCAGUAGCGUCCUUUGCUCCUAGUAGCUUCUUGUUACUAAUAGCUUCUUGUUACUACUAGUAAGGCACUUGUUACUAGUAGCAUCCUUUGCUCCUAGUAGUGAGGCCAGGAGCCCCUAGUAGCGUCCUUGUUCCUAGUAGCGAUGCCCUUUGCUCCUAGUAGCGUCCUUGCUCCGCCAAAUUCACGAUGUCCACAAGCAAUUCCUUGCUUCAAAGCAAUUCAAAGAAGCGCUCUAGUUUGAAGCUUGUUCAAUCGCGGCUUGAUUGGUUUCCUUAUGGUUUGGGUUAGCCUGGAAAGGGCAAAGGGCAGGUUCUUCUUGUCAGUGCAAGUUUGCAGUGGUGACCUGGUAGGCGUGCUCAAGCGUUUUUGUUUGUCCAUAUUGAAAGGCAAGGGUAACAAUGUGAAAGAAUGUGUUUACCCUUUGACCCUUUGUUAUCCUCCUGCAUGUGACUAGC